CUCGCGGAUUUCAUCGACGAAGAAAGCGGCAAAAGUCAUCACAGGCGCUCAAACGGAAGCUUCGCUGCACCCGCAUUCCACAUUCCGCACUCCACUUGUACGCACGCACUCCUCCCGGUCUUGGUCGUCGUCGUCCGCAUCUCUCCACCCCGCCGCCUCACAUCCUCCUCGGCUCCUCCGACGACGACGAGCCGGGCCGGCGGCCGCACGCCGCUCAGGCGAGGUAGGGGCUACUGUACCUGCCUGCCCUACAACUCAUCCGCGCCCCACCGCCACCCUCGCCAGUCGCCACCUUGUACGUUCCUCCUCUUCCUCCCCGAAACCAUCAUGCAUUCAAGGUGUUUGGCCGGCGGACCAUUCCAUAGUCGCGUGGUUCCGUCGAGUGCGUUGUACUUGUACAUUUCCCUGCGCCAAAUCUGAGUGAUAUCAAUCGUGCUAGAUGAUUGGCUGGACACUCUAUCCACAACGAUUUCUCCUGGAAAAUUGUUCUUACCAGUAAAGUCACACUCUUGCUUGUUUUCUUGUGUGGAUAAACCGUGGAUGUUUGGGUCCCCUGUCUUGCUCUUAUUUGCUAGGCUGCUGCUGCCCGUUUCUUGUUUGCCGUAGUUGUUUAACUAAUCUGCAGCCAUUAUUCUCUCGCAUGAAAAAAGUAGACCUUACCGACGGAUGACCGAUGAAAUAGUUUAGUUUUAAUAUAUAAAAGCAGGAGAAAUACCUGUCCUGCUUGUCUUGGUUCGCUGUCUUGCUCUCACCUGCUGCUGCCAUUUUCUCGUGUGCUAUAGUUUAAAAUUUUAUCUGGAGCUAUUAGUUCCUUUUUACAAAAAAUAAAGACCCUACCAGCAGAUGACCGAGGAAUAGUAUAAAGGCAGGAGAAAUACUUGUUGUUUCAGAGAAGUGCCCAGGCAGACGCAUCAAACUUCUCAGCAGCCUCUGCAGCACUAUUGCUCUGCAGGGUCUUCUUCAGCUUCUGCGCCGCAAGGAAGAAUGGAUAGGCUAGAUGGCUCUGCGCGCCUUAUGAUCGUUUCGGAUCUUGACCAGACGAUGGUUGAUCACUGUGAUCCAGAGAACUCGGCCUUGCUCCGUUUCGAGGCGCUCUGGGAGUCUGAGUACUCCCAGGAUUCUCUGCUGGUGUUCUCAACUGGAAGAACGCCGGUCAGUUACAAGGGUCUGAGGAAAAGAAAGCCUUUGCUCACACCGGACAUCACCAUCAUGUCUGUGGGCACUGUGAUAGCAUAUGGCCAGGAGAUGACUCCGGAUGUUGGCUGGGAGGAAUUUCUGAAUAACAAGUGGGAUAGGGAUAUUGUUGUUCAGGAGACAGCUAAGUUCCCUCAGCUAAAGCCACAGCCAGAGAGGAAUCAGGGUCCUCAUAAGGUCAGCUUCUUCGUCGACAAGCAGGGUGCUCAGGAAGUGAUUAAUUAUCUUCCUCAAAAACUGGAACAGCUUGGGCUAUAUGUGAAGAUAAUCUAUAGUAGCGGAGAGGCCCUAGAUGUAUUGCCACGAGGUGCAGGGAAAGGGCAAGCUCUUAUAUAUUUACUCGAGAAGUUCAGUUCGAGCGGAAAACCACCGAGCAAUGUUCUUGUGUGUGGUGACUCUGGCAAUGAUGCAGAUUUAUUCAGCGUUCCAUCUGCCUAUGGUGUCAUGGUUAGCAAUGCCCAAGAGGAGCUUCUUCAGUGGUAUGAAGAGAAUGGAAAAGAUAACCUUAAGUUGCUUCAUGCAACUGAGAGAUGCGCUUCCGGUAUCAUGCAAGCUAUCGGUCACUUCAAACUAGGGCCUAGUUUUUCUGUAAGAGAUCUUGAAUUCCCAUAUCUGAAGGUAGACACCAUCAAGCCUGCAGAUGUGGUGGUGAAAUUCUAUGUUCUUUACGAGAAGUGGCGGAGGGGUGAGGUUCAGAAGUCUCCAUCAGUUGUACAAUACUUGAAAAGCAUUACUAAUGGCACACUGAUACAUCCUUGUGGAAUGGAGCGGUCACUUCAUGCAUCCAUUGAUGCACUGAGUUCAUGCUAUGGUGACAAACAAGGCCAAAAGUUCCGAGCAUGGGUGGACCGACUUUUUACAUCGCCGAUCAGUACAAGUAACUGGUUGGUGAGGUUUGAUAACUGGGAAAUGGAAGGUGAUGUGCAAUAUUGCUGCCGGACAACUCUUCUGCUGAAUACGAAGCCUGAGACUCCAGAGGGCUUGGAACUGACACACAUCCACAAGACCUGGCUUGAAGGAUACUCAGCUGGGAAUGAUCAUACCUUCAUCUUAUAGAUCAUUUAACCACUCACCAUAUAUGCACGGACCCUCUCAGAGUCGCAAUAGAUUUACAAAUGUACUGGUUCUUGUGUAAAUGGAUCUCUCGGCUGAUUCAAACUACUGUACUGUUCUGACGCUCCCAGAGAGGGUCAAUCUUCAUGUUGAUCUCAUGCACUAAUAAGAAAUGUUCAAUGGUUC